AUAUUACGGUUGACUAAAUAUUUAUCACGCCAAACAGCAGUGUUUAAUAAACCGUUUGAUCGACCGCCGCCGACAAAGUUCCUCGGUUUGUUAUAAAUGUUAUCUAUAACCUCUCUCAGGAUUUAGAUCGGUCGAGACGAGUACCAAGAAAGUUUCAAAGCUCAUCAGUUUCUAUAGAUAGUUCUACUACUGUGUAGAAGGCAACAUGAAGUUUGCAGAACAUUUAUCUGCCCACAUUACGCCUGAGUGGCGUAAACAAUAUAUUAGCUAUGAGGAAAUGAAAGCAAUGCUUUAUACAGCGGUAGAAGAGGCACCCUCGGAUGAGAGUGUAGAACCAGAAGUGAUAUCGCGUCACUUUGCUUCAUUUGAUGAAGUGUUUUUUACAUUCUGUGAUCGUGAAUUAAAAAAGAUAAAUACAUUUUACUCAGAAAAAUUGGCAGAAGCCACACGCAAAUAUGCAGCACUACAAAGUGAAUUAAAAACUGCAGUGGAGCUGCAACAAGGAAGUGGAAAGAACAAAGGAAAGACUAAUGUGAAACCAGUUUUGCCUUCCAGAAAGCUUAGAGAUCUAAAACUUGCAUUUUCAGAAUUUUAUCUGUCUCUAAUUCUUCUUCAGAAUUAUCAAAACCUUAAUCACACUGGAUUUCGCAAGAUUCUCAAAAAACAUGACAAGUUACUCUCAGUCGACGCUGGUUCAAAAUGGAGAGUUGAGUGUGUAGAGACGUCACAUUUUUACACGUCCAAAGAUAUAGACAAAUUGAUACAAGAAACAGAAGCCACAGUAACAAAUGAUCUCGAAGGUGGUGAUCGACAGCGCGCUAUGAAGCGUCUUCGAGUACCACCGCUUGGCGAAUAUCAAAGUCCAUGGACUACUUUCAAAGUUGGUUUAUUUUCUGGUAGUUUUAUUGUUCUGUCUAUUGCAGUCGUCCUUUCAGCAAUCUUCCAUGAUAGUGGAGAAAAUUUGAAGGUCGCAUUUAGAUUAUAUCGUGGUCCAUUCCUUAUUAUCGAAUUUUUAUUCCUUAUUGGAAUUAACGUUUAUGGGUGGAGAUCUUCUGGUGUCAAUCAUGUUUUGAUAUUUGAAUUGGACCCACGAAAUCAUCUUUCAGAACAGCACCUUAUGGAAUUAGCAGCUGUCCUUGGAGUUGUCUGGGCGCUUAGUUUAUUAAGUUUCUUAUAUAGUGCAAGCCUAAGCAUUCCACCAUACAUAAAUCCAUUAGUACUUGUCGGCAUCAUGGUGAUAUUUCUAAUAAAUCCGAUUAAGAUUUUUCGCUUUGAAGCUCGUUUCUGGCUGUUGAAGAUUAUAGUGCGGAUUUUAAUAUCACCAUUUGCAUACGUAAAUUUUGCUGAUUUCUGGUUGGCUGAUCAGUUCAACAGCUUGGCGACAGCGUUUUUGGACUUUCAAUUUUUACUAUGUUUUUAUAUUAUGAACGGGAAUUGGUUACAAGCAGGCGAUUCUAUGCAAUGUAUGUCUGGCUCCCUCAUUAUCAGACCUAUCGUAAAUUGUCUACCCGCGUGGUUUCGCUUCGCGCAAUGUAUUCGUCGAUAUCGAGAUUCCAAAGAAGCUUUUCCACAUUUGGUGAAUGCUGGAAAAUAUUCCACAACUUUUCUCGUCGUUGCAGCUAGUACUUUAUACGCUUAUCAUGCAGAAGAAUAUACAAAUCAAUGGGAGAAUCCAUGGCUGUGGUUAUGGGUAUGCAGUUGCCUCCUUAAUUCGAUAUAUUCAUAUACAUGGGAUCUCAAAAUGGAUUGGGGUCUUUUAGACAGUAAUGCUGGCGAAAAUCGUUUUUUGCGCGAGGAAAUGGUUUAUUCGGCUUCCUGGUUUUAUUAUUUUGCAAUAAUCGAAGAUUUUAUACUACGAUUUAUAUGGAUCGCAAGCGUUAUUCUCGUUGAAUGCAAAUACAUCUCUAGCGACUUAAUGACUUCCAUUGUGGCACCUCUUGAGGUUUUUAGACGAUUUGUAUGGAACUUUUUCCGCUUGGAGAACGAACAUUUGAAUAACUGUGGUAAAUUCCGUGCCGUACGCGACAUCUCAAUAGCACCCAUAGAAAGUUCUGAUCAAACGCAAAUUUUACGCAUGAUGGAUGACGAAAAUGGCGUAGUUAAUAGAGGUAAGCGUAAAAGCGGCGGCAAAAAACAGAGCAAUACAAAGGAAGAGAAACGAGCGCUGUUGAAAGAAGAAACCUUAGACAUUGAUAUAUCGAAUGCAAGUUGAAUACAACUCAACAUUUUUGUACAAUAUUAUUUUUAACUUGUCGUAAUUACAGGCUGUUAUUGGAAGCGUCUGAAAUUUAGUACUUAGACAAUA